CCCCGAUUACACAUUACGUUAUGCGAACACUGUUAUCAAAGUCAUAUUUAAGUGCGAGAUAAACGGAUCUUUGCUAAAAAAAAGUCUGUACAAAGUCUGAGGGGAAAAAAUGCGAAGAUUUGCCAAAUAUUGGAGAGAUUCAGCUAGUUUACUAAUUCUGGCUCGCGAUGGAGUUAAGAAACCGAGUAGAACCAGUUAUAACUAUAAGGUGCUAGUGUUUAAGCGAACUGAGAAGACCUCAUUCAUGCCCAAUAGCAUUGUCUUCCCUGGAGGAGCUGUUGACAAGCAGGAUGAAAAUCUUCAAUGGAAUGGUAUUUUUUCCCGCUUGGGAGGCGUUCAACUGGAGCUGGAGAAUCUUUCCAAAGUUGACAGUUCUCGUCCUUUUAUAUUCGAAAAUAGCAGUCCUGAUGCUUUAGAUAGGAACAUUUCACUUCGCCUAACAGCACUGAGAGAAGCGUUCGAAGAGUUGGGUGUGCUUCACGGACAAAAGAAGGAACAAGCCGGUCUAAGUAGUGACGGUUACAGCAGCGUAGUAGAAAACUUUGAUGUUCCGACAUGGCAAAAAGCUGUACACGAUAGUGAAAAAUCUUUUGCUGAACUAUGCGAGAAGCUGAACAUAAUUCCCGAUGUAUUCAACACGUAUGAAUGGUCCACCUGGUUGACGCCGGCAAUGUUUCGAAAGCGAAGAUUCGAAACCGUUUUCUAUCUCGUUGCUUUAAAUGAAAUGCCGGAGGUUGUAUCGGAACCACACGAAGUAGCCGAAUAUUUCUGGGAUACUCCAUCCGGUUUGUUGCAAGCGCACAAAGAUGAGAAACUGUGGUUGGCUCCACCUCAACAUUACGAACUUACACGGUUGAGCCAUAUGUACGAUAUUGAUGAAAUUGUAAGUUUUGCUAAAGCCCGUAGUGGCAAAGGAAGUACCCUAUUUUGUCCGGUUCAGUACAUAUGUUCGGAUGCAGCUGUGUUCGUUUUACCAGGAGAUGACUUGUACCCGAAAAACUACGAUUAUAUCACUCCACAUGGGGAAUUAGAACAAUACAAAGAGUCAACUGCAGAAGAGCUUCGAAGCCACGCCAAUAGGCUGCAUAGAUGCGAACACAGAGGAUUGCAUUUGCAAUCUUAUUAUUCAAAUAUUAUGCCAUUUAAUGGACAUUUGAGUAUACAUGGCGAUAACAAGCAUUUGUCUAAAUUAUGAAUAUCAUCAUUUAGAAACUAUCGAUGAGACAAAAAAACUGAAAAGAAAUGGUAGAUGGUGAACUUAUUUUGGUUAAAAUUCGAACUGUUAAAAUGGUUUUGUGAAUAAUAAAA